GGGAUUGGUCUCUCCAUCUGAGAACACCAUCGAGCAGCGUCACCGAGUGCCGUGCUGUACGCGCAACAAGGAUCUAUUAAAAUGGAGGAAAAGACUCAGGCUGCCGAGCGAGAGACCAAAAAGGACGAAGCCCACGAGAAGGACACGCGGAACAAGAGUUCUAAAAAGAGGGAAGCUAGGAAGAAAAAGAAAGAAGCUGCGCACGCAGCCAGCGAAAAUCACAACAACAAUAGGGAAGAGAAAGAGAUGUCCAGCACGUGCAAUAUCUCUAUAAAGGAUAUCCAGAUGGCGAUGGAGGUAUUCAAUAUGCAACAGAAACCUGCCAAAACUCAGGAGGAAGCGAUGCAGAAGCCUUAUCAAUUCUGGAGCACACAGCCAGUACCAAAAAUGGAUGAGAAAAUCGUACGUAACGAGCCGAUCGAGCCUGAUAAAACAGCCAUUAGAGAGGAGCCGUACUCGCUGCCGGCCGACUUUCAAUGGGACACCUUGAAUUUGGACGAUCCUCUGGUGCUGUCGGAGUUAUACACGCUCCUCUCGGAGAACUAUGUCGAGGACGACGAUGCCAUGUUCAGAUUCGACUAUCCUCCGAAUUUCUUGAAAUGGGCGUUACAACCGCCCGGCUGGUGCAAGGAGUGGCACUGCGGCGUGCGAGUGAGCAAGAGCGGACGUCUAGUCGGUUUUAUUUCCGCCAUACCGGCCACUUUACGCGUUUACAAUCAUACUCAGAAGAUGGUGGAGAUUAACUUUCUUUGCGUGCACAAGAAGCUGAGAUCAAAGCGGGUCGCGCCCGUGCUGAUACGCGAGAUUACGAGGAGGGUGAACCUGAAGGGAAUCUUUCAGGCUGUGUACACUGCCGGUGUCGUUUUACCAAAACCGAUCGCGACGUGCAGAUAUUGGCAUCGAUCUCUAAAUCCAAAGAAACUGAUCGACAUCAAGUUCUCUCAUCUUACUCGCAACAUGACGAUGCAGAGAACUCUAAAGCUAUACAAACUGCCAGAUAAUACGAAAGUACCGGGAUUCAGAAAGCUGGUUUACACGGAUAUACCGCAAGCGCAUAAAAUAUUAACGGAAUACUUGGAGAAGUUCGAUCUCGCGCCGACGUUCUCGGUCGAGGAGUUCGAGCACUGGUUCCUACCGCAAGCUGGUAUCAUCAAUAGCUUUGUGGUGGAGAAGGAGGGGAAGAUCACCGACAUGGUGAGCUAUUACACAUUGCCGAGCUCCAUUAUGCAUCAUCAGACACACAAGACUCUCAAGGCUGCAUACAGUUUCUACAACGUGUCCACCACGACGCCGUGGCUCGAACUGAUGAUGGACGCUCUGAUAUCCGCGCGCAACCUGGGUUUCGAUGUGUUCAACGCGCUGGAUCUCAUGGACAACAAGGAGUUCUUGGAACCGCUCAAGUUCGGCAUCGGCGAUGGCAAUCUUCAAUACUACCUGUACAACUGGCGUUGCCCCAGCAUGACACCUGGCAAGAUCGGUCUUGUGCUGCAGUAGAUCAGCUUCCAGCUCGACGAAGUCCCCAACUAACUAGAAGCGGUCUCUCGCAUUUCCACGAUCUUGCGAGAGGAAUAAUAGCUAUUGGGUACGAACUACGAGGAACACACAUAGCAAUAGGGGAAGAAACGUGACGAACGAAAAAGAGAGAACAUCGAGGUCAGACGUAGAUUCAAUCUAUGAUCUCGACCGGUUCCACCGGACGGGAAUGGCAAUUUUCGUCUUCGGGAUGCAAUUCUAGGUUGGAUUACUCGCGAGCGAGACGACUAUGAUGAUUGUGUAUUGUACAGCGCACGUGUACAUACGUAUCUGCGUAACUCGAGCAAUGUAGAUAAGCAUCAUGCGAUUAAUAGCGAUUACGUGAAGGGGGGUAGGGAAGGGGAAGGGGGAGGGAGGGGCACGUUGCCCGGCAGGAGUUUUCCGCGGAUUUUCAAUAAUAUACGCCUCUUAGACAUCAAGUAACUCUUUAUCUGUUUUUCCUUUACACCUUCUCGGCUAAUUAGUAAAAGGUAACGUAUUACGCCGGAGUGUGAAUGGCAGGCGAGUUAAAAGAAUAAAUUGAAAUUUAUCGAGAA